CGGCAGCAGCAGCAGCAAGAGGAGGUAAUCCCCCCCCCCACCCUCUCUAGUCCACCCCACCCCUUUCUAGAAACUGGUGGCAAAACCACGCUCGCAUGACACCUGUGCUGCUGGACUGGACACUCUCCCCUUUUUGUGGUCUUUGUGAAACACGAUUUAAGAUCUAAAUUCACACCCAAAUCGUGGAUGGUGCUGAUGAGAAUCAGUGGUGAAUGAAACGGGGGAGGGGGGGGGGGUGUAGACGCGGAAACAAGCGGACAAAUCUGUCUCGAUUGACGGUGACGGAGCGGUCGGCACCAGCAGCAGCAGCACCAGCGGCGGCGGCGGCGGCGGCAGCAGCAGGAGCAUCAGUCGGUCGGCGGAUGGAGAUGCGUUGUGAAGGCGGAGGGAUGAUGAUAGUGAUAUAGCAGGUGCUGCAGGGUUGUGCCGCAUUGCCUGGCCGCCGCGAGCGACGCCGGGGAGACGGUGAUGCUGUCGUCGUCGUAAUUGUGUCACAGACAGAGAGGAGAGGCUUUGACAUGGAGGGAAGCGGCCGCGCGUCUGCGUCUGUGAGCUCAGGCCGCCCGGAUCAGCAGGUUGGAUGUACCGCCUGAAGCCUGGAGAGAAGCACCUGAGUCAUGACAUAUGCUGUACGUGGUGGGGGAGAAAAAAAAUUACAACAAAGUUGAAUUCUUGACUGUGGAAUUGCAAUGUUUCUGUGCGUAAAAGUGAACGGCCCAUAUGUGUGUUGAGGAUGCAUCAUAGGAGCAUCAUAGCAGCAGCGUCUGUGCCAGUUCAGGGUGGAUUACGUGUACAGAGCAGCAGGCCUCCAUCUGGAGUCAGCUUGUGAUCAGUGAAACCAUACAGAAAAAAAACCCAAAACAUUUCAUACACUUCACCCUGUUGCUGUUGGGGGAACAAUUGAUUGUGUUUGACUGGAAGCUGGUUGUGGAGGGACAGCUGUUGCCAGAGAUGACUCACUUACAGACUGGCCUCUCUCCAGAGACCCUGGAGAAGGCCAAGGUGGAGCUGAAAGAAAACCCGGAGACUUUACAUCAGGACAUCCAGGAGGUCCGGGACAUGAUCAUCACCCGGCCGGACAUCGGUUUCCUCCGGACGGACGACGCGUUUAUCAUCCGAUUCCUCCGGGCGAGGAAGUUCAACCACUUCGAGGCGUUUCGGCUGCUGGCACAGUAUUUUGAGUACCGACAGCAGAACUUGGACAUGUUCAAGAACCUGAAAGCCACAGACCCGGGGAUCAAGCAGGCCCUGAAGGACGGUUUCCCCGGCGUGCUCUCCAAUCUGGACAGAUACGGCAGGAAAAUACUGGUCCUGUUCGCAGCCAACUGGGACCAGAGCAGAUACACAUUUGUGGACAUACUGAGGGCGAUCCUGCUGUCGUUGGAAUCUAUGAUCGAAGACCCGGAGCUGCAGGUCAACGGCUUCAUCCUCAUUAUCGACUGGAGUAACUUCACCUUCAAGCAGGCGUCCAAACUGACUCCCAGCAUGCUGCGGCUGGCCAUCGAAGGGCUGCAGGACAGUUUUCCUGCCAGAUUUGGAGGGAUCCACUUUGUGAACCAGCCCUGGUACAUCCACGCUCUCUACACCGUGAUACGACCCUUCCUCAAAGACAAGACCAGGAAGAGGAUCUUCAUGCACGGCAACAACCUAAACAGCCUCCACCAGCUGAUCCAUCCUGAGAUCUUGCCGUCGGAGCUGGGCGGGAUGAUGCCGCCGUACGAUAUGGGCACGUGGGCGCGGACGCUGCUGGACCACGCCUACGACGAGGAGACCGACUACUGUCCGGAGUCCUACACCCUGUCAGUACAAGACCUGGAGAGAGACCUGGAGAAAAACCUGUCCCCGAAAACCAUGAAGAGGUCUCAGUCUGUGGUGGAACCAGGCGUCCUGAAACGGCCAGACAAAGUCAAGAGUGAAGAGGACAACAUGCAGCCGCUGCUCUCGCUGGACUAAACCACACAUCCAAUAACAGCUCAAAAGCAUAAUCAAAAGGCAUUUACACACAAAAACACACUGACUUACCUGCGCACCUACAGUAAGCGACACAUGCGCUCUGAAAACACCUUUCUCCAAAAAAAAUGCUGCUGCUGCUGCUGCAUUUUGGAUUCUUGUUUCUCUUGAACUCGAGGAAAAAUCUCAACGAGCUGAUAGAAAGCAGACGGACGAGCUAGAGACAAAAGGGACGUUUUCUUCACACGGGAGGGCAUCCUAAGAGCUACUGAUGGUGGUUAUUUAGGUAUUUGUCAAGUGCCAAUUCCCAAAAAACUGUAAGUUAACGUCUUUUGAACAAUCCAGCCCCGUCAGUGUGGAGCAAGGAAAGGAGAACAAAACACAGAUACAAAAAAGAGUUUCCGCAUCCAGUAUGUGUGAAAACAGUGUUUCCUACAGUUGUAUAAUAUAUGGGUGAGGGGCGAUUUGAAAAACUGGAAACCAUACUUCAGAGAGAACUUGGGGCCACAGUUCCCGGGCUGCAGGGUUUUUUUUUUCUUUUCUUCUUUGUACAGUAAUUUGAAGAAAACGAGAAGCGCGGCUCAGGAUUAGCGACUAUAAUGAGCUUGCUCAACCUCCUGGACACAAAACUGGCAGACAGGCAGGCACUGGGUUUACUGGGAGAUUAUGGGCGUAUUUCCUGUGAAAAUAAUGUCCAAAUUAUCGGUCUCGCUCCAGUUAUCUCUUGGAAAAGCAAACCCCCCUUUACGGUAAGAGUUGGCUAUAUCAAUUAUGUGUUUUUUUCCUCUCUUUUUUCUGACCCAAAUGUUGGAAAACAGUAUUUCUCCUGCCAUUUGGAAGCUGCAGACUCUUUUUAAACGAUGACGCACAUCCUCAUGUUCGGCUGAAGAUGACUAAAAGAUAUAUUUUGAGAAUUUAAUAGGUAGGUCUAGCCAGAAAAUAAAUCAAAAAUAAGCCCACAUUUAAUUUUAUAAAAGCAGAGAAAGGGCAAGCACAUCACCCUCUCCUGUGACUUUGUGACACAUUUCAUCGCUUUCUGGCAAUAAUAAUCUUACUUCUGAAAAGGCCAAACAUUGCCACAGUAUCUGUUAUUAAACAUGUCAAUAUUAUAAGAUUUAAAGAUGCUUUAAAGGACUGCAUUGGUAUUUUUUUGCAUGUUUUAGUAAAAAUCACACUCGUGCAUUAUUUCAGUAAAUUAUCGCUGUUUCAUAAUGUGGCUAAAAACUUUUUUCAUCAGUAUUAGUUUUAGUUUUUAAUCUUAACUCAAAGUCCACUUAUUAGGCUUCUGCUUAGCUUUCAGCCACAUCUCUUCUUCAUAUAUGAGUCUACAGAUUACAGUGAAGAUGGAUGGGCUAUACUGGGCAAAUAUUGACUUCCUAAAAAUACUUCUUCAUGGCCCCAGCCAGUGACGGACUGGCCAUCUGGAAUUUGGGCAAAUGCCAGAAGGGCCUCCCCUCCCCCCAUGGACCCCUAUGGGCCACUACUGAUAAUUGGUCUUUGGUUAAUUUUGAUAAGUUUUUGUAUGCAUGCAGCCACAAAUAUUCAAGAUUGUACUGCAGCGAGGUGCGUGGAAAGAUACGCUCGGAAGGCAAAGUUACUAAUUUCCAAGCUAGGAUAUUGACAAAAAUAGGGCCGGUGUGUUGCAAAUGCCAGGGCCGUUUUUUGAUCCCAGUCCGUCACUGGCCCCAUCUAAAGCUUUUUGACAUACUGUAGUUAAACCUCUU